AUGAAGAGAAGCGAGAAGCCAGAAGGUUAUAGACAAAUGAGGCCUAAGACUUUUCCUGCCAGUAACUAUACUGGCAGCAGCCAGCAGAUGCUACAGGAAAUACGAGAGAGCCUCAGGAAUUUACCUAAACCCUCAGAUGCUGCUAAAGUUGAGCACAGCAUGGGCAAAAUGUUAUCUGAAGAUCCUAGACAAGGCCGAAAUCCCCCCAAAUUUGUAACAUACCAUAAAGUUUUACAGGAGAUAAGAAACUCACUUCUACCUUUUGCAAACGAAACAACCUCAGCUGUCAAAGGAACAUCAGAAGUUAAUCGACAAAUGCUGCAAGACUUGCAAGCUGCUGGCUUUGAUGAGGAUAUGGUUAUACAAGCUCUUAGACAAACUAACAACCGUAGUAUAGAAGCUGCCAUUGAAUUUAUAAGUAAAAUGAGCUACCAGGAUCCUCGUCGGGAGCAGAUGGUUGCAGCAGCAGCAAGACCUCUAAACACAGGUAUGAAACCACCAGGGACUGUACAGCAGUCGGUUAACCGCAAGCAGAGCUGGAAGGGUUCUAAGGAGUCCUUGGUUCCUCAGCGGCAUGGCCCUUCCCUGGGAGAUGGCGUAGUUUAUCGCUCAGAAAGUCCCAGCUCGCAGCCUGAUGUAGGAAGGCCGUUAUCUGGAUCUGGCAUUGCAGCAUUUGCUCAGGCUCAUCCUGGCAAUGGACAAAGAGUAAAUCCCCCGCCUCUACCACAGAUAAGGAGUGUCACUCCUCCUCCUCCGCCUCCUCGAGGACAGACACCCCCUCCAAGGGGAACUACCCCUCCACCUCCUUCCUGGGAACCAAACUCUCAAACAAAGCGUUACUCUGGAAACAUGGAAUAUGUGAUCUCCCGUAUUUCUCCAGUGCCACCAGGAGCGUGGCAGGAUGGUUAUCCACCUCCUCCUAUGAAUCCUCCACCCAUAAGUUCUUCCACGCAGGGUCAGAGAGGCAUGAGUGCUGUCCCCAUUGGCAGGCAACCAAUAAUCAUGCAGAGUUCUGCCAACAGCAAAUUCAGUUUUCCCUCAGGAAGAGCUGGAAUACAAAACGGCAAUUGUCAGGCGGAAUUCAUAGUUCACCAGAAUGUGGUGCCUGGGAACUCGGUGAGUCGCCAGCCCCCUCCAUACCCCAUGAAUCCAACUAACAGGCAAAGUCCCACAGCACUACAGAUGCAGGCGGGAGGAUCUGCUCCUCCUUCAGCGUACACCAAUGGGAACCUUCCUCAGGCAAUGAUGGUGCCAAACAGAAAUAGUCACAACAUGGAACUUUAUAAUACAACGGUAGCUGGAAUACCUGCGUCCUGGUCACAGCCUUCCCCCGUGCCACCGCAGUCAUCCCCUGGCAAUGGGCAUGACCUGCCUACAUGGCAACCCAAUGUUCCCGUACGGUCAAAUUCUUUCAACAACCAUCAUGGAAACAGGCAGAGUCACUCUAGCGGCUCUCAGCCUUCGGCCACAACAGUGACAGCUAUAACGCCAGCUCCCAUUCAGCAACCGGUAAAAAGUAUGCGUGUGUUGAAACCAGAGCUACAGACUGCCUUAGCGCCCACUCACCCUUCCUGGAUGCCACAGCCAGUGCAAACCGUUCAGACCAUUCCCUUCUCCGAGAGUCCGUCUACGAAUAUGGCAGUUAUGUCUCCUGUUGUAGAGGCUCCGAAUUACCAGGGUCCCCCACCACCUUACCCAAAACACUUGUUACAUCAGAAUCCCUCUGUCAAUCUGUACGAGACAGGACCCAAGCUCAACAAGGAGGAACUGCCUAUUUUAUCCAAGGAGGAUGAGAAUGAAAAGAAUUAUGAAUGUGUUGAUUCAACAGAUAAAGAAAAGAAACAGAUUACAACAUCACCCGUUCCCGUUAGAAAAAACAAGAAAGAUGAAGAAAGAAGAGAGUCUCGCAUUCAAAGCUAUUCCCCUCAAGCCUUUAAAUUCUUCAUGGAGCAGCACGUGGAGAAUAUACUGAAGUCACAUCAGCAGCGUUUGCAUCGGAAAAAACAACUAGAGAAUGAAAUGAUGCGGGUUGGAUUGUCACCGGAAGCCCGAGAUCAAAUGAGGAAAAUGCUGUGCCAGAAAGAAUCUAAUUAUAUUCGGCUAAGAAGAGCUAAAAUGGACAAGUCGAUGUUUGUAAAAAUUAAAACUCUGGGAGUUGGUGCAUUUGGAGAAGUUUGCCUAGCAAGAAAAGUGGAUACUAAUGCUUUAUAUGCAACAAAAACUCUGAGGAAAAAAGAUGUCUUGCUUAGAAAUCAAGUUGCUCAUGUUAAAGCUGAGCGGGAUAUCCUUGCAGAAGCUGAUAAUGAAUGGGUGGUUCGCCUGUACUAUUCAUUCCAAGAUAAGGACAAUUUGUACUUUGUAAUGGACUACAUUCCAGGAGGCGAUAUGAUGAGUCUCCUAAUUAGAAUGGGUGUCUUUCCAGAAAAUCUGGCACGGUUCUACACAGCAGAACUGACCUGCGCAGUUGAAAGUGUUCAUAAAAUGGGCUUCAUCCACAGAGAUAUUAAACCUGAUAAUAUCUUGAUAGACCGCGAUGGUCAUAUUAAAUUGACUGACUUCGGGCUCUGUACAGGUUUUCGAUGGACCCACGAUUCAAAAUACUACCAGAGUGGUGAUCACGCACGUCAAGACAGUAUGGAUUUCAGCAAUGAAUGGGGUGACCCAGCAAAUUGCAGGUGCGGAGAUCGGCUGAAGCCGCUUGAGCGUCGGGCUGCACGCCAGCAUCAGCGCUGUCUGGCCCAUUCCCUGGUUGGCACACCCAAUUACAUUGCGCCAGAAGUAUUGUUACGAACAGGUUAUACACAGUUGUGUGACUGGUGGAGCGUUGGAGUAAUUCUCUUUGAAAUGUUAGUGGGGCAGCCUCCUUUCCUGGCACAAACACCACUGGAAACACAAAUGAAGGUUAUCAACUGGCAAACUGCACUUCAUAUUCCACCUCAAGCUAAAUUGACUCCAGAGGCCUCCGACCUUAUUAUUAAACUCUGCCGAGGGCCAGAAGAUCGUUUAGGCAAAAACGGUGCAGAUGAAAUAAAAGCUCAUCCAUUUUUUAAAACAAUUGAUUUUUCAAGCGAUCUACGGCGACAGUCUGCUUUCUACAUUCCCAAAAUUGCUCAUCCUACGGACACAUCAAACUUUGAUCCAGUGGAUCCAGAUAAACUGUGGAGUGACGAUGAUAAAGAAGGGAACAGAAAUGAUACACUUAAUGGGUGGUACAAAAAUGGAAAACAUCCUGAACAUGCUUUUUAUGAGUUCACGUUCCGCAGGUUUUUUGAUGACAAUGGCUACCCAUACAACAAUCCAAAGCCUAUUGAAUAUGAGUAUGGUAGUUCCCAAAACUCAGAACAGCAGUCAGAUGAUGAUGAUGAUGAUGAUGAUGAACAGGCAGGUAGAGGAGUUCAAAACCGUGACCUGGUUUAUGUUUAGUAGAGGAAUGAAGAUUAAAAACUAACUAAACUUAUUUUGCAGC